CUCCCUCCGCCCUAUAUAAGGCGGGCGCGGCGGGGCUCCCGGCUCCGCAGUGUGCGUGGGCGGGCGCGCUGCUCCGCGCGGUGGUGCGGCCACCCGCGCGGCCUCCUCCGCCUCCCGCAGCCCGGCUCAGCGCCGCCGCCGCCGCCAUGAGUUCGGGGACCCCCUACAUCGGCAGCAAGAUCAGCCUGAUCUCCAAGGCGCAGAUCCGCUAUGAGGGCAUCCUCUACACCAUCGACACCGAGAACUCCACCGUGGCGCUGGCCAAGGUGCGAUCCUUUGGUACCGAAGACCGGCCCACAGACAGACCUGCUCCUCCGAGAGAAGAAAUCUAUGAAUACAUCAUUUUUCGAGGAAGUGACAUCAAGGACAUCACUGUCUGUGAACCUCCAAAAGCUCAACAUACUCUGCCACAAGAUCCUGCCAUUGUUCAAUCUUCACUGGGCUCUGCCUCCACAUCAUCCUUCCAGCCACACGUGCCUUACAGCCCGUUCCGAGGUAUGCCACCCUACAGCCAGCUCGCUGCCAGCUCUUUGCUCAGCCAGCAGUACGCAGCCUCCUUAGGCUUAGAGAAAUUGGUAAGCCCUCCAGCAUCAGCAGCUGCUUCCAGCCCUAGUUCUUCUCCGUCUCCACAACCUGUUUCAGAGCCUGACAUGUCUUCAGAGCCCCAUCAGCUCUCUUCCAAGGGUGCUGGCUUUCCUUCCGUUCACCCGGUCCGCAAGAGCCCCAUGGUGGAGCAGGCUGUUCAGACCGGCCCCGUUGACAACAUGAACUCACAAAAGCCACCCCCUGUGAAAGUACCUCCAGGGGUGCAGCGCAACGGGCGGCAGGUCCCGCCGGGCAGCAGCAAGACAAAUGUAGAUACAGUUCAGGCACCACCGGUGCAAACCCAAGGACAGGUGAAUGAUGAAAACAGAAGACCCCAAAGGAGAAGAUCAGGGAACAGGAGAACCAGGAACCGUUCUAGAGGACAAAACAGACCAACUACUGUGAAGGAAAAUACAAUAAAGUUCGAAGGUGACUUUGACUUUGAAAGUGCAAAUGCACAAUUCAACAGAGAGGAGCUUGAUAAAGAAUUCAAGAAGAAACUAAACUUUAAAGAUGAUAAACCAGAGGCAGGGGAAGAAAAAGGGGACCCUGGAGUGGCGCCUCAGAACAACGACGGUAACGCAGAGGAGGACCUUCUGGGACCCAACUGCUAUUAUGAUAAAUCCAAGUCUUUCUUUGACAAUAUUUCUUCAGAACUGAAAUCUAGUUCCAGACGCACCACGUGGGCCGAGGAGAGGAAGCUCAACACGGAGACGUUUGGAGUGUCGGGGCGGUUCCUGCGCGGGCGCAGCUUCCGCGGGGGGUUCCGAGGCGGAAGGGGCAGCGGCGCGCGGCGCAGCCAGCCCACCCACCGAGCGGGCACCGGCCGCGUCUAACCACACAGGUUCUGACAUCUCUCCCCAGAGGGUGACUCUGUACAUAGAAAGAAAACAACCAACUGCUGCACUAAUGUGGGAAAAUGGUUCAUCUUGUUUACUGUCUCAGCUCAAGCGACAGAACUUCAUGUACUACUGCUUAUAUUCUGGACUUAUUUUGGACCAGCAACUGUCAGCUGGAAUAUUCUUUGGAAGAGGGAAUGUGUUCAGGGGUACCUUCUUCAGGGUGUCUUUUUUGUUUGUGCGUGUUGUUUUUUGUUUUCUUUUUAAGUGCAGACUUAACUUACAUGGUUCUUCUUUCUGGGUGUCUCAAAGGCUGCUACAGUCUAAGCUUAAAGUCAGACUCCUUUUUCUGAACCCUGAAGAAGAGAAAUCAUGGUAUUUUAACACGGAACCAAAGCUCACUUGAAACAAACCAGCUCUAAUUUGUUUGUUGGGGAAAGCAAAGGGCUGCUGUGGCGCUGCCGGUGUCGCUGUGCCGGGGGCCCGGGAGGCUGGAUUCCUGGUGCUGAGGAGUUGUGGAUAUUGUCACUUGGGAAUACUGGAUCGUGGAUCAUGUCGUGUAAAUGCCUGUACGGUGUGUGUAACCGCGGGGGCACCGCGGGGUGACACAACCCAGGGACCCUCCCUGGAGUGGGGGGGGCUGGGUGCUCUUGGGGGGCCGGGAGCCCCUUCCUGGCUCUGGGCAGCAUUUCUGGGGGGGCACAGGAGCAGCGUCCCCCUUUGUGUGCUCAGAAUGAAGCGUGUUUUGGCAGCAGGUGACUGUCUGGGAGGGGGAUCCCAAUCCCCCACCUCUCCCCUCCGCCUGCCCCUCGCACGGGGUCGUCCCGGGCACAACCAGGUCCCCCUGCACUCGUGCUGUGGUGAACACUAUGGGAUGUCGUCAUUAACCUGGCGCUGGGAGGCCGCGUGACGAAGAUUUAACAGAUGGGCAUGUUUAAUUUGUUUCCUCUGUACCCCCCAUACUGUAAAUAGUUUAGUUGUUUUGUUUUUUUCUUUUGUUUUUAAAAAAAAAAGCUGUAUGUGGGGAGAGGGGCUGGGAGGGGGGUGACGUUCCUUUGCAUGACGCGGUGGGUUAUCGCUCUAGGCAUGUGUCCCUUUUUUGGUUGGUAGGGAAUUUUGUCGAAAAAAAGCACCUUGAUGACUGAACCCCUUACAUAGCUAGAAUUUUUUUAGUUCCGCGUUGACCUAGGUUACUGUAAAAGCUUGGAUUUAUUUUUGUAGGACUUUAUUGCUAAGAAUUAGACGAUAGCAGUGGGGCUGCUCUUUGGAGUAAUGUAAAUUGUAAUUAUAAUAAACAUGUACAUGUUUCAUGUUG